AUGCCGCUUUCCUCCUGGCCUUGCAGCUUCUUGGCCGCAGCGGCAGGUGAAGUGCUGCUUUCGGUAGAUGCUUUGCUGGUCCGCUGCCGAGCCUCCAAAGCGUUUCUCGAGGCUGGUGAGCAGUGGGAGGCGCACGACCCCAAGAAGCUGCGCUUCUACGAGUAUCCGGACAUCCAGGCAGCGGCGGCGUUGCCGCAGCUGACGCUCAUGUUGGAUCCCGAGGCCGAGAACUACCGCGAGGUCUACAACGCUUCGUGGCAGGUGGCCAAUGUCCUGCGAGGAGAGCGCCUGGCGGUAGUGAUCCUAUCCGCCGACAUGCACAGCGCCCUGAAAUUCUUCAAGGUGAGAGUCGGAGACCUGCCAACGGCCAUGGUCGUGAAUUGGACAAACGGGCUCGGCGAGCGCCCAUACCAGUUGUUUCUCCACUCACAAGGGGCUGCCCCUCCGCUGGCCAAAACACCACUGCUGGAGUUUUCGCAGCGCUUCCUCCGAGGCGAGGUGCCCCUGUGGCAGCGUUCGGCUCCCGUCGUCGCGGACCCACGGCAGCACGAUGCCCAGGCCGGCGCCCUGGAAAUCGUCGCAUCGCAGUUUGACGAGCUAGCGCUGGACGACGGCAAGGACGUUCUGGUCAUGUUCUUUGCACCUUGGUGCGGCUUUUCCAAGCGCAUGUCGCCGCGAGUGGACGAAUUGGCACGGCACUUCCGCCAUGCGAGACAGCUGUCGAUUCUCAAGAUCGACGACACACAAAAUGAUGUGGAUCACCCGGUAAUGAAGCAAAUGAAGGGGUAUCCCUUCCUGGCCUUCUUCCCGGCGGGCAAGAAGAAUGAUGCCGUGCCCGUGCGGGUCAACGGCCGCCUGCUUGGUGACUCGGAAGCUUGGCUCAAGGAGGCAGUGCAACGCCUCCGUGCAUUGGCCACGGUCGAGCUGCCGGAAACGGCGCCUUCCCCUGAGCCGGAGGAGGAAGCCUCGGGGCUCCUCACCGACGCGGAAGAGCGCCUGGAAGAGUUCUGA